AUGAUGUCCAGAAGCCAGUCAAGUUUGGGUUACUUGGAUGCAGGCAGAGAGGACCCUACCACUGCGGGUGUCUCCCCUGCAUUCAAUCAAGCGCAGUCAGCAUCGGGUCCUAUCAACUUGUCGGGUCUAGUUUGCAAUGUUCGCAGGACGACAGGGCGAGAGCCGCAUCCCCUGGUGGGUGCCACUACAACAAUCCUGGGAGAUAAGUUGUAUGUCUUCGGUGGCCGGGUUUUGUCUAGGAGUCGACCGCAAUUGACCUCGGACUUGUACGAAUUGGACCUCAUUCGCCGGCAUUGGACCAAGGUUGAAGCCACGGGCGAUGUCCCGCCUCCACGAUACUUCCACAGUGUAUGUGCUCUCGGGGAUAAUAAGCUGGUGUGCUACGGAGGAAUGUCUCCUGCGCCCAAUGACGCAGUGCCAAACGGCUCUGGGCAGGAGUCGCAACCGGAGGUGGUGGUCAUGUCGGAUAUACACGUAUUCGAUGUGCCUUCCCGGACAUGGACUCGGGUUCCAGCAAGCGAUUCGCCUCAAGGUCGAUAUGCGCACUGUGCAACGAUAAUGCCGUCUAGCGCCUAUUUCACUUCCGCCAGUGCGCCAUUAUCUGCAAUCCAUCAUAACCCGGCAUCGGCUAAUCCCCAUCAAGGCUCGAUUGGCGUUGAUAUCGAUGGUUUUGGUGGUGCGGAGAUGGUGGUCGUUGGAGGACAGGACAGCUCCAACCAUUACAUUGAACAAAUAAGCGUGUUUAAUCUCCGGAGCUUGAAGUGGACAAACACAAGUACCCUAGGAAGAAGCUGCGGUGCUUAUCGCAGUGUCGUAGCCCCGUUGGUCGGUAUGAACGUUUCAGACAUUGGAUCCACCUCACCCGAUAGAGAAACAGCCGAACCGCCAGAAGAUUCGCAAGUCGAAGGCUGCCCCAUGCUUAUUUAUUCCAAUUAUAAUUUCCUGGAUGUCAAGUUAGAGCUUCAGGUGCGCUUACCGGAUGGCCGGCUGGUCGAGAAGCCCAUGCAGAGCCAGGCAUCGCCUCCUGGCUUGCGAUUCCCCAACGGCGGUAUCAUCAAUGGACACUUUGUCGUGAGUGGUACAUAUCUUACCUCUUCGAAGCAGGAGUAUGCCUUAUGGGCUCUUGACUUGAAGACUCUCACAUGGGGACGGAUCGAUGCUGGAGGAUCGGUAUUUGGCCAUGGUAGUUGGAACCGCGGUGUGUUAUGGUCAAGGCGAAACACAUUUGUUAUUCUUGGACACCGGAAACGCAGCCUGGUAGAUGACUACAACCAUCGCAGGAUCAACUUUUCCCAUGUGUGUAUGGUCGAGCUGGAGGCGUUUGGACUCUACAACAACCCAUGCAGGACCGCGCCGACUUCUGGAUACAUCUCCCACAGUUCUCCAGCGGUCCCUGCAUCUCUUCACCAGAAACUGGCCCAGUUGACUACCGGUGGAAGGCCGUAUUCCUCCGCGUCAGACGAACUAGGAAAACUCGCACAGUCUCUGCCCGAAAUGGCUGAUAUGGAACUUCAGGCGGUUGGAGGGGAGCGGAUACCUGUCAACUCCCGUAUCUUGACUCGAAGAUGGGGUCCUUACUUUAUCCAGCUUUUGCGAGAGUCGUGUGACAGCGGAAACUCUGAUUCUGCAACACUCCGGCCAGCCGUUCAGAUGUAUCCGAGUCGCAACUCGAGUAUCACCAUCACACCUUCGUUAGGAAACCACAGCAACUAUUCUAACGCUACCACCCUUGUCAGCAACAAUUCAGCGCCCUCAAAAUCAUUCUUAGCAAAUCUUGAGAUACCCUCUGCGCACAGCUUAGCCCCCACAUCUCGACCUCGCGUGCUUUACCUUCCCCAUACCUACCUCACCCUCCAGGUUCUUGUUUAUUUCUUCUACACAUCAUCUCUUCCACCCGCCGGAACCUCGCUCUGCACACCCCAAAUCCUCUGCUCUCUUCUCCAACUCGCGCGACCGUACCAGGUGGAUGGUCUCCUAGAAGCAACCGUCGAACGCCUCCACCAAGUACUCGACGGUCGAAACGCCGCAGCCGUCUUCAACGCAGCCGCCAUGGCUGCAGGAGGCGGCAGGGGCACCGGUUUCAUCAGUGGCCCGGGCGGCACCCUCGAAGCUCUCAACGGGGCAAACGCCGCGGCCGAAUCAUCCCGCAUCACCGAAACGGACACAUCACAAAGCCACCUCACCUCUGACUCCUCCGAUACCGAGCACGGCACAUCUGCCAUGUCCAUCGCCAGCAGUGCCGGCGGACCAAUGGGCUCCCGCGGCAUCCCCCUCCGCAUCAACACCAACUUCUCCAGCAGACGCCAUCGCAGCAGAGCCGGACACGACCGAGACCGCGAAGACUCAAUCAGCAAUGCCAGCACCUCCACCUCCGCAUCCACAAACACCAGCUUCAGCCAGUCCGACUCUGAAAUGCCAGGCGAGAAUUCUCGCUCCAGUCGUCAUCGCCGAGACACGGAUGCCGAGCUUCGUCCCCAGCGGGCUAUCUGGACGGGCGAUCUAAGCAGUGUCAUCGGUCUGCAGAAGCGGGGCCUUCGUGGACUCAUGGAGGGAAGACGGUUGAGGGAACGCAGCACCAAACCGCCCAGUACUGGUGGUCCGAUCACGAUUCCCCCAGGAUCAUUUGACAACCAUCACAAUGCCAUAUGA